CAACUAACACAAACACCAACGGCAUAACCAGUGCAACAGCAGGAACUGGUACAGGCACAAGCAGUACAACAACAAUUAGUACAAACAUGAACAGUGUAACUAGUGCAACAGUAGGAACAGGUACAAGCAGCACAUCAACAACUAACACAAACACCAACGGCAUAACUAGUGCAACAGUAGCAACUGGUACAGGCAUAAGCAGCACAUCAACAACUAGCACAAAUACCAACGGCAUAACCAGUGCAACGGCUGGAACUGGUACAGGUACAAGCAGUACAACAACAACUAGUACAAACACGAACAGUGUAACUAGUGCAACAGCAGGAACUGGUACAGGUACAAGCAGCACAACAACAAUUAGUACAAACACGAACGGUAUAACCAGUACAACGGCUGGGACUGGUACAGUUACAAGCAGCACAAUCACUAACGGUAUAUCCGGUGCAACGGCAGUAACUACUGAAGUGACAACAGGAACUACUUCAACAGCCGGAACGGGAACAGUUACAAUUACGUCAACAUCAACAAUAGCCACAGCAACAGUCUCUUCGACUACUAUAGGCACCACUAUAACAGGUACAUUAACAACCGAAGCAGGAAUAUCAAGUACAGCUGGCUCGAACAAUACAGCUACGACUAUUGGAACAACGGAAAGGGUGACAAGUAAUUCUUCCGUAACAGAAAGCUCUACAAUAUCAGUGACAAUAGGAACAGUAGCUAGUGGUGGUACAACUUUAACAACUACUAUACUUACAUCAAACUCAAUCACAACAAUUGGAAAUAUAUCAAUUAAUACAUUAACAUCGUCAACAACUAGUACAACACAGAUGACCACUACUAUGAUCAGUACAUUGACAACAACGUCUACUACGUCAACGACUACUAUCACGGCAAUAACAAGAAUUUGUGAAUGGACUAGCUGGGUUCCAUUCGGUAAUUGUACACCUUCAUGUGGAACAGCGUAUCGUCAAACGAUUCGAUCUUGUAUUGAUGUCAUAUCUGGUCAAAGUUGUAAUAGUAAUGACUGUGGUGGCGGUAGUGCUAUACAAAAUGAAUCAUGUUCCACUUCUCCACCAUGUGAAACACUUACUCUUACACUACCGACUACACUUCGUGAUCCUAAGUUGCGAAUCUCUUCCUAUCAAUUACCGGAUUCAAUGUAUUUUUUUGAAAAUACAUACAGUCGUAUAUGGAUCGCAGAUAAAGGUUAUAUCACUCUUGAUACACCUUAUUACGGUCAAACAAUGACAGAUUCUGUUUUUCGACAACUUUUUAAUCAAGCAAUUGUAGCACCAUUUUGGGCUGAUCUACUCUAUGAUACUACUUCUUCAAAAAUAACACUUAACUGGUUUAGUUCAACCAAUGCUACUCAAAGUGAAAUAGAUACUUACAAUGUCAUUAUUCAACGUACAGUUAAUGAAGCAUGUCCAGUACAAUCGUGUACACUAAAUUUUCCAGCAGUUCGUGUAGUUCGAAUCAAUUGGCAAAAUCUUUUUUAUAAUUUAACAAAUAAUAAUCAAUCAAUAAGUAUAUCAUUCUCGGCAUAUCUAAUAAAUACAUACGAAGUAGCAUCUUCUCGAUAUCCAAUUCUUCGAUCUUAUCUAUCAUUUGAUUAUACGAAUCUUACGAAUAGUCUUGGUUCUCUUAGACCAUUUGUUGGUUAUCGUGGAAAAUAUUCUUUUCUUCAAGUUCUUAAUAAUCCAUUUGAUUAUCAAAAUGCUUUAUUUCUAAGACAAUCUUCACAUAAAAGUUUCUAUAUUGGAGGUCGAUUUUUAACAGACUGUGAAGUUAGCUUCUUAAAAGAAACAACAUUUUACAAUACGAAUCCAUUAGAAAAUUUAAAUGAUAAUAUAAAUAAUCCAAGAUUUCCAUGUCCAUGUACACUUGGUCAAGCACGAUCAGAUCGUCGUUUUAUUCCAUUAUAUAGUGAAACUAUCUAUGAAUGGUCACAGAAUACUGUUUGUUAUGGACCAGUUAUUACCAGUUGGAUUCGUUGGGGAGGAACUUAUAAAUUACUUCGAUCACAAACAUGUUGUUAUAAUCUAUACAAUGGAGGUUUAAUUACCUACGGUGGUCUUGCUGGUUCAGUACUUUCGAAUCCAUUAGUAGUUUUUCAAUUAUAUCCAUGGCAAAGACGAAUACCAUUUCAUGAUCAAUGUUGUUCACCAUCAUAUCCUAAUGCACCUGCUACUUCGAGUCCAUGUUAUCUUUAUUAUCAACUUCAUCCACCAAGUACUUGUACUGGAUAUCAUGCACCUUCUAUCGUUGCGGGUGUCGGUGAUCCACAUAUCGAUACAAUUGAUAAUGGACGAUAUACAUGUCAUAUUCAAGGUCUUUUUAUAUUUUCUCAAACAACUACGAAUGCGAAUGUCACUGCACAAUAUAAUUUCAACAAUGCUGCUAUAACUGAUAGUAAUCUAUUAUAUCCGGAUGAUUUAUUUUAUAUAUAUGUUCGUUCAACAUCGACAACACCAGCACUAUAUUAUGUCGAACGAAUGCAAGGUUACGGUUCAGUAUUUACCAGUUAUAUAGUAGGCGCUGGAAAUUAUACUUUUACUAUUACUAAUAUAAAUGGACAAUUUGGUUUUACGGUAAAUACGAGUUCAUCUUAUUUAUCACUUACAGCUGAUCUAGCUAAUAAUUUAAAUUAUGAUUCUAUAAAUUUAACGGAUUUAACUAAUCGAUAUAUGUAUCGAGUGAAACAAAUUGGUGUAGUUGUAUUAAAUAAAACAAUACCACAAUUAACAUUAGCUAUUUGGUCUGGUCUUUCGCUUGAAUGUCAAAUAAUGAGUGACAAUCUUGAAUGUCUUUUAACAUUACCAGAAAAAUAUCGAACACAUAUUGAAGGUUUAGCAGGUAAUUUUAAUGGACUCUAUGGUGAUGAUUUAAUCAAUCGUGCAACAAAUCAAACAGUAACAAUAUUACCUGCCGAUAGUCAAACAACUAGUGUUAAUGAUGCUAAUAUUUAUAGUGCUUGUCUUUCAUGGAAAGUACCUAGUGAUACAACUGCGGAUAUUACUAGACCAAUUAUGCCUUCAGCAUUUGUUAAUUGGUAUUAUAUCAAUGCUUCGAAUACCCUUGCAAAUUUAAAUCCACGUCUUAGUCAAACUAUUGUUAAUGGAACAUGUUCUUCAAAUUUUGAAUGUAUUCAUGAUUAUCUUAUUGAAAUAAAUCCAAUAUCUAGUAGUGCAACGGCAGUGUUAUUAAAUUCAAACAGUUAUUCGAGAACUAUCUUAGCUGAAACACCACCAACUAUGAAUGUAUCUUCACCUGUUGAUAUAUCAUUACCGUAUACUACUACUAGUCGUACUUAUCUAUUACCAAUUAGUAUUAGUGGAGCAAAUAGUGUAUCUGUUACUAUUUCUCAAAAUGGCACUUUACAAAAUAGUACUUUUAAUGGUGUAUCUAUCGGAAUUCCAAUACCAAAUGAUACCAGCAGUUAUGUUGAACUUUUUCUCACUAUGACAUAUGGUACAAAUUCCACAUUAAUACAAUAUUUAGAUAUUAUCACUUGUCUAUGUACCGACAGUAGCUAUUGUAAUUAUCAACAAACAACAACUAUAUCCAAUCAUUAUCUACUUGCUUCAUGUACUUGUCCUGAUCAAUAUGAUGGAGUGUUUUGCCAAUAUCCAUAUAAUGGUUGUAAUUCAAGUAGUGCAUGUAGACUCUAUUGGAGUAAUGAAACAACAUGUGAACCAUUGAGUUCUGCUGAUCAAGUAUUACAAAAUCAUUCGUAUACAUGUAAUGGAACAUGUCUCAAUGGAUAUAAUUCAUCGAAUAAUUAUACAUGCGAAGAUGUUAAUGAAUGUUCAAAUAAUGCUACAAUAUGUGGAAAUGGUGUGUGUACUAAUGUUAUUGGAUCAUAUACAUGUAAUUGUAGUUCCGGUUAUCGAUUUGAUAAUCAAACAUGUAUUAAUAUAAAUGAAUGUGAAGAACCAAAUAUAGAUGGUACUUAUCCUUUUCGUUGUGAUAUUAGUCAAGUAUGUAUAGAUACAAUUGGUAAUUUUACAUGUGAAUGUAGUCCUGUUUUUAAUACAACUGGAACUUGUAUAUUUAAUUCAAGUCUUUGUGUUAAUAAUAAUACUUGUACUAGUCCUAUUGAUCCUAAUGUAAUAUCAUGUUUAUAUGGUACAGUUUAUCGAAAUAAUACUUGCAUUCCUUGGUGUAAUUCAACAUGUCCUGGUUUUUGUGAACGAACGAAUGGAUAUUAUCGAUGUAAUUGUAUGAAAUCGCCUGGUUUUCAAUAUACUUCGGAUGGAAAAAGUUGUUCAGGAUGUGGUAAUCGUAAUUAUGGUUAUGGUUGUAAUGAAUCAUGUGAAUGUAAUUUUGGUUCUUGUAAUCCAAAUGCAACAAAUGUAAAUCAAAGCUGUACUUGUGAUAUUGGAUAUACAGAAAUAUAUUGUAACAAACGUGUAGACAUAUGUGCACUGAAUAAUACAUAUGAUAGUACUAUAGAAGAUUGUAUAACAGAUCCGAAUGAUGGAGAUCCAGUUUAUAUAUGUAGACCUGGUUAUGCAAUUGAUUCAGUAACCGGUAAUUGCUCAGAUGUUAAUGAAUGUGCGAAUAAUCAAAGUUAUUGUAAUGUGGAAGUUUCAUCCUGUAUGAAUACUAUAGGAAGUUAUCUUUGUACUUGUUUAUCUGGUUAUCAAUCUAUUAAUGGUUCAUGUAUCGAUAUUAAUGAAUGCGCUGUCAAUGCAUCAGCUUGUUCAAUAUAUAAUAACACAUAUUGUGUAAAUAUUAAGGGUUCAUAUGAAUGUCGAUGUAAUUUUAAUUAUGCCAUUGGAGGGGAUUAUACUCAACUAUAUGGAAAUGUUCUUAAUACAAAUGAAUUAUGUUUACCAAUUAAUUAUACAUCAUUUUGUGCAAAUCAAUGUAUGCCACCUGCAACAUGUAGUGCAAUAACAGGCCGAUGUGAAUGUCCAUCAUCGAAUUAUACACUUGUUGAUUAUGCUUUAAAUGAUGCUCUUGAAACAUGUCACUGUCCAGGCCAUCCAUUUAUUUAUUUUAAUGGAACUAGUUGUAUAAAUGCAACUGGUAUAACUUGGUUUUUACUUAAUUACACAUAUACCGCCAUAACAAGUCGUGUUGCUCAGAUCAAUCCAACAAGCUCAUCGAAUAUAGAACAUGAUAUAUCUAGCAUUUUAUAUGAUAUGAAUGUAACAUGUAAUGGAUCAUGUCUUAAUACAUAUGAUACACAGGACGCUGUACCUCCAAAUCUUGAACUUAUGAUAACAUUAAAUGUUCUAUUAAAUAUUUCACAACGAUUAGCACUUACAAAUCAAAUAAUAAAUAGAAGUAUCAUUUACAAUGAAAGUUAUUCGUUAUCAAUGAUAAGAAUGAUUAUGAAUCCAGCAACAAACACUUUAGUUAAUAUUUCCACUAUUCAACCCGUUUGUCAAGAAUGUGUCUACUCGAGUACAGGUGUUUGCUCAGCAACUAAUAAUAGUUGUACCUGUUUUGCGGGUUAUGAAGGAAACUUAUGUCGAACUGUUUCUCCAACAACUUCAUUAUCAUCAACAUCAUCAGAUACAAAUUGGACAGUCAUUGUUGCUGUUAUUAGUGCUAUAGCUGGAUUGUUUAUAAUAAUUUCUGUGGCUAUGUGCAUAUACUUCAUUGUAAGAAAAUGUCGUAAAUCACCUUCAGAAACAAAAUCAUCAGUACAACGUCCACAAUUUAUAAUUCCUCGUGCUCAUAUACCAACGAUUGCUACUAGUGGUGCUCGAGCUAUGAAUCCUUGGGAUGGUUUUAGUUUGGAUAAUACUUAUGAUGAACAAUACGUUGAUGCAUCAGAUUCAUUUCCAUCAAGUUCAACGACAACAUAUAAUACAACUUAUCGUACAAAUGGAAAACGUAUCGAAGCUGAUUUUGGUAUAUUUGAUGAAUUAGAAAAUCGUAUACCUAU